AUGUUGGGGAUCCCUGGUCUCGCUGGCGCCGGGGCAAAGGCGGCCUCGCCGGUGAUGACAUUCUCCAGUGCCAAUGAGAUCGUCGAUUCCAUCGUUCUGGAAGAGCCCGCGGAGCUACCGCCGUUCUUCGAAAGACCUGUGGCGCAGACAUCACAUUGGCUGCAUACCCCUGACUCGCCUGUCACGCAGUCCACGGAACUUCCCCACAGCCUGGUGGUGAUGAAGUUCGGCGGCACUUCCCUGGCGAGCGCUUCGCACCUGCUGCGAUGUGCAAACAUCGUGCGGCAGGCUCUGCCGGAGAGACCGGUGGUGGUAGCAAGCGCCAUGGGCAAGACCACCAACGCACUCCUUCACGCCUCGACGUUGGCCUUGGAGACCGGUGAGGUGGAUAUCUCUGCGAUACGGACUAUCCACGAGACGGCAUUGAAAGAACUUGGGGUGGAGAUGCCGACAUCAAUUUCAGAGCUUCUCAACGAGCUUGAAAAGGUUCUCAGCGGCGUGGCCCUCCUGAAGGAGAUCUCCAUGCAGACGCGUGAUCGAAUUGUCUCUUUUGGAGAGCGCCUCAGCGUUCGAACCUUUGCAGAGGCCUUCAAUUCCUCAAGGAAAGAUCCACAGGAGCCGGAGGCUCGGGCCUUGGAUGCCUGGCAAGUGGGCAUGAAGACCACCAGCGGCUCCGGCAGUGCCGACUCCGCCUUCUCUUCCGUGGAGAUCCUCCAGGAGUCUUACCCAGCCAUCAAGCACCACCUCGGGCCACUGAAGCUUGCGUAUUCCUUCGUGCCAAUUGUCACGGGCUACAUUGCCAAGGACGCCCGUGGUGUCAUCACUACCUUGGGCCGGGACGGCUCGGACCUCACCGCCACCGUGAUCGGAGCCGCCGUGAAGGCCUCGGAAGUGCAGAUUUGGAAAGACGUCAGCGGCGUGCAGACCACGGAUCCCCGAGUGAUCGCAGCGGCGAAACCCGUGCAGGUUCUUACCUUCGAGGAGGCAGCGGAGCUGUCGACUUUCGGCUCCAAGGUGGUGCACCCAGCGGCCGUGCUGCCGGCCUGGAGCGCUGGUGUCCCAAUGAGCGUCAAAAACUCCAUGGCCCCGGAGCUCCCAGGCACCAGAAUAGUGCCGGAGCUGGGCGGCAAAGACGUCCGAGAGGGCCGAGUGGCGGCCAUCAGCAGCAAGAAGAACAUCACCAUGAUCGUAAUCAAAAGCAGCCGAAUGCUUGGACAGCAUGGCUUCCUGGCGCAUGUCUUCCAAGUCUUCAAUAAGUUUGCUGCCUCCGUGGACGUCAUUGCCACGUCGGAAGUGACUGUGUCACUAACCUUGGAUGAAGGCUACAAGAGUGUGGACCUCAGUGCGAUCGAAGACGAGCUCAAGGAAGUGGCAAAGGUGUCGGUGCUGCACGACAUGUCCAUGCUGACGCUCAUCACGCACAAGGAGGACUCUGUCACCGUGCUCAAGGAGUCUUGCGCUGCCUUCGAGGAGAGUUCAGCAGCUGUUUGUCAGUUUAUCCAUGUCUUUUCGCAACUUGGUGGUUGCGCUCUUCACAUUGGCUUCAGGAGCUUGGAAUCAGCGUGGCUUGGCUGCGUUGAGUGUUUCACAGGCGAAGCGUUCUUGGCCAAGCCCGUGCAAUCUAAGUUGGAGAUGGUCUCGCAUGGAGCCUCGAAUGUCAACGUCACGUUCGUGGUGCCUGGAGACCAGUUGCUCAUGGCCUCGCAGAUGGAUGAGACGCUCACGGCUGCGCAGCCGCUUCGGAGACCGAAUCUGUCCUGUAUGGCCAGUGCGGCCGCGGUCGUGUACACACUUCUCUUGUUCCGGACUUUUGUUGUAAAGUUUCUGGUGGCGGAGCUUCGGGCCGCGAUUCUGGAACAGCUCCGGGCAACGAAGUUCCCCUUCGUCCACGCUGCCUAUGUGCUGGGCUUAAACGGGUCCCACUACAGUUUGGACACUGCCACAGACAGGCACUACGGCAUUCCUCUCCGCUUGCCAAGGUUGCUUUGCGAGCUCUUCCGCCUGGAGGUGCCCAACACCGAUUUCACAACGAUCCGCAUUCAGAAGUUUGCAUCCUCGGUGAACUUCAACGGCACCCACCGUACCCUCCCGGUGAAUCUGCACACGCCGUUCUUCCCGGAAGCAGAGGAUGGCUCUUCGAGUCCUGAGCCUCAUGUGGAGGAUGCCCAAUGUAGCUCAGGUGUUCCAGCAUCAGCUCUCUGUCUGACGGAAGGCUGCAAAGGUGGCCGUGGCGAGCUGUGCGAGAACCUGGAAGGAGACGAGGGCCGUCGUUGGCGUCGCUUCGUGCAGCCGGCCGCUGGGUCGAGCGCGCCACGCUGGAUCCAGUUCCCGAUGGACACAUGGCUUCGAUGGUAUUGGCCCACUUCCGGUGAUUACUUCGUCAUCAUUGCUACCUGCGAACCGUCAGACUUCAUUCGUGGGCUACGCGCACGCCAGCGUCGCCAGAUGCUGAAGAUUGGAUUCCGGCUGCCGGAGCCAUGGAACAUUCUCGAAAAGGAGGAUGGAGAAGACGACGAGGGUCACGACAAGGUUCAGGAAGGCGAGCGUCGGAGCCCGCGCCGCUUGAGCAGUGCGCGAGUGGUGGCUGCGAAGAGGCUUCUUGGCCUUCAAGGUGUGGCAGUCCCAACUCUUCAGGAGAUCGAGGAAGCCUACAACCGCGCGGUGAGGGCAACAGAGAAUGGGGCUGAACGAAGCGAGACGAGAGAGGGGAAUCGAUGUGGACGAUUUGGUUGGGAUGCUGCGCAGCUUUCCUGGGCGAGUCGGGUGCUGCGUGAUGCUCAACACGCUGCCCAGGAAGCCUCCGCGCAAGGAACCGUUCCUCACUGGAUGGAGGAGCACGUCUCCGAGGAGCCCAUCGCCAUCGCCUCGCGGAACAUGGAGUUGUGCCUGUUAAAUGCAGAGAAUGUCCCGGAUGGGUGCCUUCUUUCCGUUAGCGCGGGUGGUUCGCGCAGACAGGCAGCCUUGGCACCGAAGCAGAAGUUCGCGUUUUCCAACUCUUCCACCGCCGCGGCAGUGGCCGCCGGGGGCACCGGUCUGAAGGUGGACCUCCUUUCGGUACAGGGCCGGGCCUGCAUUGCCAGCUCGGAGCUACUGCCUGGGCUGCAAAAGGCCUUUGGUGCCGGGACCGCUGGUGAAGGCGCUACCGGGCACCAAAUCGAGGUCAUAGUGGCCCCGCCCGGGCAGGAAGCAGGCGAAGAGGAGCUCACAAUGAAGCUGAACUUCAACAUCAAGCCUGCCUCAAAGGACCGGGACGGGGCGGAGACUUCCCGCCUAGCCUCAAGUAUAAACACAGCGCGGACUGACCUGGAGGAGCGAAGCUUCGCUCCUGCGACGGAUCUUCUGAAGCAGUCCAACCUCUUGGACCGGAAUGCAGCCACGCUGGGCCCGGCGGUCGGCCCGAAAGCGCAACCGAGCCCUCAGAGAUCUUCGAGGCGGCAUCAUGCUGCUCUCCAGGCGCAUGCCCCAAACAGGUCCAGAGUCCUCGUUUUCUGA